AAAAGGUUCCACCAGUGAGACGCAUGUGGCCUCCUUCCUGGAAACGCCAGGAAACAGCCCAGCUCCCCUCUCUUUCUCUGUGGGCUGCUGCCAUCCCCAUCUCUGCAGAUGUAGUGGGCAGAGGUGCAGAGGUCCUGGGGCAGGUGCUGAGGGCAGUUUUUUUUUCCUUCUCUUGUCUGGGGAUCAAAGGAGAAAGGCCCGAGAAUGUCCUUUUCCCAGGCAGCAGAGAACCAGACCUCUUCCAGGGGCACAGAUGACUACAGCAGCUGGUACAUCGACGAGCCCCUGGGGGGCAAGGAGCUCCAGCCAGAGGGGGAGGUGCCCUCCUGCCAGCCCAGUGUGCCACCUGCCCUGUGCCACGCCUGUCUGGCUGUGCUGUCGAUGCUCGUCUUGCUGCUACUGUCCUGGCUGCUGUUGUGCCGCCGGCUCCGGGCCGGCUAUGGGCGAGGAGGGCCUGCUCUGCCCAGCCCUGUGGAUUUCCUGGCCGGGCACAGACCUUGGGCCGUGUCUGCUGCUGUCUUCAUGGUCCUCUUCAGUGCCCUGUGCCUUCUGCUCCCCAGUGAAGACCCACUGCCCUUCCUGCCCCUCACCUACACACCUGGCCCAGGGCCCUGGAAGAUGCUGGCCCUGCUCUACUACCCUGUUCUGUACUACCCUUUGGCUGCCUGUGCCACGGCCAAGCACAGAGUUGCAUACCUGCUGGGGAGCGUGCUAUCCUGGGCCCACUUGGGCGUCCACAUCUGGCAGAGGGCUGAAUGUCCCCAGGCGCCCAAGAUCUACAAGUACUACUCCCUCCUGGCUUCCCUGCCUCUCCUGCUGGGCCUCGGCUUCCUGAGCCUUUGGUACCCAGUGCAGCUGGUACAGAGCUUCAGCUGCAGGACAAGGACAGGCUCCGAGGGGUUGUGGAACAGUGAUUCUGAGGAAUACCUGAGGAGACUUCUGUGCCGGAAGCAGCCAGGAGGCCGCUCCUGCCACACCUCCAAGCAGAGCUUCCUGACCUGGGCCUGGGAGUACUCCCGACGCUACAUCUACACCCCACAGCCGGGAUUCCGCCUGCCCUUGAAGCUGGUCAUCUCAGCCACCCUGACAGGUACCGCCACUUACCAGGACGUUCUCUGGCUCCUGCAGGUGGCCCUGCUGCUGCUGGCAAGCGUGGUGCCCACUCUGCAGAAGGUGCGGGCAGACGUCACCACGGAGGUGUCCUACCUGCUGGCUGGCUUCGGGCUGGUGCUGUCUGAGGACAGGCAGGAGGUGGUGGAGCUGGUGCGACACCAUCUGUGGGUGCUGGAAGUGUGCUAUGUCUCCGCUCUGACCCUGUCCUGCUUACUCACCAUCCUGCUCUUGGUCCGCUCACUGGCCACGCACAGGGCCAAUCUUCAAGCUCUGUACCGAGGGGCCACCCUGGAGCUGGGUCCCCCAGCACGGAAUAUUCACCCAUCCCGAAAAGUCAUAUUCUGCUGGAUGAGCUUCUGUGCCUACCAGGCUGCCUUCACCUGCCUCGGCCUCCUGGUGCAACAGAUUGUCUUCUUCCUGGGGACCACGACCCUCGCCUUCCUGGUGUUCAUGCCUGUGCUGCAUGGCAAAAACCUCCUGCUCCUGCGGUCCCUGGAGUCCUCCUGGCCCUUCUGGCUGCUCUUGGUCCUGGCUGGGGCUCUGCAGAAUGCAGCAGCUCGUUGGGUUUUCCUGGACACUCAACAUGGACACCCUGAGGUGACCAACAGGCGAGUGCUCUGUGCAGCCACCUUUCUUCUCUUCCCCAUCAACCUGCUGAUGGGUGCUGUGGUGGCCACCUGGAGAGUGCUACUGUCUGCCCUCUACAACAUGAUCCACCUCAGCCAGAUGGACCUCAGCCUGCUGCCCCUGAGAGCUGCCACUCUGGACCCUGGCUACCACACAUACCAAAACUUCCUGAAGCUGGAGGCCAGCGAGUCACAUCCAGCCGUGACAGCCUUCAGCGCCCUGCUCCUGGAAGCACAGAGCCCCCGGGCCCGGGCCCGAUCCCCAGCAGCUGCCCAUGGCAGCCUCAAGCCAGGGGAGGAGGAAGAAGGGAUGCAGUUGCUGCAGACAAAGGACCCCAUGGCCAAGGCCACAGGGCCCCGUUCUGGCCGGAGCUGGGCCCGUUGGGGUGUGGCCUACACGCUGCUGCAUAACCCGGCCCUGAAGGCCUCCCGCAAGGCAGCCCUGGCUGGAGCCCAGGCCAAUGGCGUCCAGGGCUGAGGACCACCUGACCCCACACCUCCCUAGCUCUCCUGCCCCACCCCAGGUGGGCAGCUCCUCCUUUUUAGCAGCUGGGCCAGCACAUCCUGUCCUGGGAAUCAUGGGUCCUGGGGCCAGCGGGGGACUAGGGUGGCUGAGGUUGGGUGGCCCUGGGAACACCACCCAGGGUCUGGUGCUCAGCUUUGGUCCAGGAGCCAGCAGAGCAGGGGCCCACAAGCCUGUCUCCCCUGCUUAGCUGGGCCACUAGCUUUGCAGAGACCCUGGAGGCCCCCUGACAGGGCUGGUGAUCAGGGUCAGGACAGCCCAGCUCCUAGCUUACCAGCCUGAGCCUCAGCCUGGGCAUCCCCCUUCUGUUUCCCCGCCCUUCCCCAAGCCUCCUCUCUCCUCCCUGUGGCUGGCGGCUCCACUCCUUGGGUCCCCAAGGCAGCCCAGGACGAAGACCUGGCCUCUGGUCCCAGCAGCUAAACCACAAUUUGAGCCAGGCUCAGGGCUGAGCGGCCCGCUCCUGAGACCCAGGUGCUUAUAGUUGCUUUGCCUUAGGGAUGAUGAGAGGGCUGAGUGUGUUCCUGGUAAUAAACCUGUCCCCGAGAA